AUGGUUUCGUGGAGCGACGACAGCGAGGAAUCGGGCUACGAGUACUCUUCAGGCGGCUCCCCUAUCAAGAUCCCGGCUACAAUCGAGGACCCGAACUACUCUGGUAUUGAUGAUGAGGUGAUGGAAGCAAGCAGUUGUGGUGUUGUUCAUUGGGUAGAUGAGGAGUGGUCAGAGCAUUUGCAGAAUGCUCUUCACAAACUAUGGCUUUUGUAUGAGGAUUGUCAGCGUGCUAAUAGGAUGGCAUGUCUGGAACAUUCAUCACUUGUCCACAAUCUCACAUCACAGAAGAACAAGCUACAGGAGACUUAUGAGAAGCUUGUUGAGGAUGUGAACAACCUACUUGAUACCCAGGACAAUAUUCCCAAGGAAAAUGAAGUCCAACAAGGUGAACAUGAGGAGAUCACUCCUCCUUUGGACAACAAUAUUUCAGCUUUGAAGGAACAGCUGGGUGCAAUGGAUGCUGAGAACAAAGAACUGAAGCAAAAGGUUGACCAGUUGAAGAGCAUUCAGGUUGCCCAAGGUAAUGUGAUUAGGAAUCUGAAGUUUGCUCAUUUGAAGGAGAAGGAAAAGUUGAGCACUGAGAGGAGGAAUUUGGAGUUUCACAUUGCUGAUCUUGUCAAAGCUAGUGACAAGAACAAGAGAAAGCUGAAGGACAUCAAGGAUAUUUGCGAUGAAGAGUGA